UCAAACACCCAGCGUGAGCUGAAGAGUCACAGCGCGAGCGCCACUCCGGGCUGCCGCUGGACACCUGUUGCCAAGGAAACUGAAACGGGCGGGAAAAUCACCAGUUAAUGACCUGAAAAAGCUGUUCAGGACAGUCAGUCAUGUCGUCUCCUGUGCUGCUGAACCUGCUGCGCUGCAGCCGCUUCUCCAUGUGCAGACAAAGCCUCUUCGGUCUGGAAGCCUCCACACAGUCUGGGCAGGCUGGUGGACCGUUGGGGCUGGUGGGUGUGCGGCGGGCCAGCGGGUCGAUCAGGUUUGGCAGUGAUGGCAGUGGCCAGCCGGUGACCUGGGACUCGUUUGGUAUUUGGGAUAACCGGAUAGAAGAACCAAUAUUACUGCCUUCCAGUAUCCGCUAUGGAAAACCCAUUCCACAGAUCAGCCUGUCUCGGGUCGGCAGUGCGUCUGUUUUGGGUCUCCGGAAGCAGAAUGAGGACCGACUCCGUAUCGCCCGUAUCCAUGACACGCUGCUGUACUUUGCCGUGUUUGAUGGUCAUGGCGGCCCACACGCUGCCGACUACUGCUGCACCUUCAUGGAGAAAUUCAUCAGAGACGCUUUGGAAGAGGAAGAUGAUCUUGAGAAAGUUUUAAAGAAAGCUUUCUUAGAAGCCGAUAAUGCUUUACACACACACCUGAGCUACUUCAACAAUGACUCAGUUCUGAGGUCAGGUACAACAGCAACAGUUGCUCUGCUACAUGACGGCAUUGAGCUGGUAGUUGCCAGCGUCGGUGACAGUCGGGCGAUGCUGUGCAGGAAGGGACAUGCCAACAAGCUCACCAAAGACCAUACACCAGACCGCAAAGACGAGAGGAAACGGAUCCAGGAGUUUGGUGGUUUCCUGUCGUGGAACAGCGUCGGUCAGGCAAACGUUAACGGGCGGCUCGCCAUGACGCGCAGCAUCGGAGACUUCCACCUGAAAUCCAGUGGCGUCAUCGCAGAGCCGGAAACGCAUCGUCUCUCUGUCCAACAUACCAAUGACUCCUUCCUGGCUUUGACCACAGACGGCAUUAACUUCCUGUUGAGUGACCAGGAGAUCUGUGAUGUCAUCAAUCAGUGCCAAGACCCGACUGAAGCAGCAGAGAUCAUCUCUCAGCAGGCGUUGCAGUACGGCUCCGAGGACAACGCCACCAUCGCCAUCAUCCCGUUUGGAGCCUGGGGGAAACAUAAAAGCUCCGCCAAAACCUACAGCAUGAGCAGGAACUUCGCUUCGAGCGGCCGAUGGGCGUAGACGAAAACAUACAUGAAACACGACAGAACUCAGCCCAUUAUCUUAAUUUGACUUUAAGUAACCCAGAGGUCCUUAAGUUAUUUAUAACAUAAAGCGUCCAAACAAACCCACCAGCAGCAUCAUGGUUGUUCCCGGCUGAGCAGUCGACACUGUAAAUAGUGUAAAAUAAUGAAGGUUGUACAUAUAAAGAGACUCACUGCUGUGUUUGUUGUCUUUGUCAACUGUGUGUCAGUGUUUUGCAUUUAGAGAAAACAUUUUAGUACCGUAUAUUUCUUCUUUCAAUCAUUGUUGUCAUUCUGUAAAUGUUUAAUGAAACUCCAAAAUAUCAGCGUUUCAUCAAAUAAGAAGCUCAAUUUUAAAUUAAUCAAAAAGACAGAAAACAUUUCAACUCCAGGAAAAACAAUUUGAGAAAGCAAUCUGUUUCCAACAAACCUUUUAAAUUCUGAAAUAUUUACCAACGUCAGAAGUUUGAUGUGAUAAAUCGAUGCUCACUUUGACUCCAUUGGUCCUUUCAGAGUAAUAAAGUUCAACUAGAUAAACAUAAAUUUUACUAAUUGUUUUCUUAAGUUGUAUUAAAACAAGUCAGUUUUAAAUCGGUCUAAAGAGUUUUAGUUAUUUUGUGCAAUUCCUUGUUUUUCUUUACAUUUCAGGUGAUGGUGGCCAAAGACUUAAUUCUCUAAUAUUCUCUGUUGGAAACGGGACACGCAAAACUGAGUAACUUUAGUUUCUUCCUCCUUCACAAUGUCUUUGGAACUUCAUUGACGUUCCUAGAAAAGAUGGGAUAUCGAAGGCAUUCUGUGUUUUCUAAUGUCUCUGGUGAACUUUUCUGCACUAAUGGUCCCAACACAAAGUGGAAAUGAGCUUUUAAACCCCAUAAAUCACUCAAAAACCAAACUGGAAACAUUAAACUGGGACGAGGCUUUCAUUAGCUGCUCAGGGUCACUCAGAUGAGAGGCAGCAGAAAGAAUUAAGGUAAAUCUGGAACUCAUCGCUUCAAGCAAAUGUUUGUUUUUUAAUGGUUUCUGAUCUGCUUAGUGGCUUUUAUUGACAGUUUAUCUGUCAGAGAGAGAAAGUUUGGAAGUAACUCUCUCUCGGUGUCCAGGAUUAUUGCCUCCAUAUCUGUGGAGGAUCGUCUACCACUAAAUCACACACUGCCUCAGAGGUUACUGUUGUACUGCUGUCCAUUUGGUAUCAGCUUUGAAGGACAGCAGUCACAUUCAAACCUUCGUCAACAGAUUCCUUCAGAAGAUGUUGGCUAUGAACUGACCAUCUUCUGUGUAAACCGUCGACUGACAUCGAGCUCUGACCUGGAAAACCGCAGGGACAGCUGGCUCAGAGGAAACUGGGAUACAGUAGAAACCAACGGGAUAUCGCAGGAUAUCUGGAGUUCACUCAUCAGUGGCCUCUGAACAUCGCAUCGCCUCUGACUGCAGAGUGACUUCCUCUUCCAAACAAUUCUCUUUCCUUAUCAUCUGUGACGCUAUUAGGCUGUAAGCUGCUACUUUUUAUUGGUCAUCAAGGUCAAACACAAAUCAUAGUUUAACAGUUAAACAAUAGAGUGCUUCCACAAACUGUAACCUGCUGUUUUUCUCAUGUUUUGGAGUCAUGGCUUCUUCUCGGUUGAGUGGCCUUUCAGUUGUUUCUGUUUGUUAAAGACUUUUCUUUACCAACAUAUCAGCAGUGUGUUGCCUCUGGGACUGAGUCAAAC